AUGCCCGACCCCACUCCAGAAGAGUUCCUCACUGAACUACCUCCACUUCCAGAAGACGAGUUCUGCAUAUAUGGCACUGUCUGGGCCUAUCCCGAACACGCAGAUGCCCUAGAAGAAGUCUAUACCGAAACAACCCGUCUCGCACAGUCUGAGCCUGGCUCAGUAUAUUACUGUCUGACAAGAGAUGAGGAUGAGCCUCAUAUCUUCUACUUCUUCGAGCAGUAUGCUGGGCGUCAGGCAUUUGAAGACCAUAAUAAUCAGCCUAUUAUCCAGAAGUUGAUGGAGGAUAAGUUCAUUAGGGGUGUCAAGGCAAAAUUUGGGAAACAGAUCAAACCGAGGAUACAGUAA